ACGCUGAUUUUUUCCCCACAGAAUCAGUUUUUGCAGCAUGAGUGUGGUGACAAUAGUAGUAGCAACAACAUUAACAGGAGCAGCAACAACAGUAGCAAAACAACUACAGUGCAACAGUAAUGAUCACAGUUUCAUGAACACAACAGAGCACAAAAAAGCUGUUUAGGAACAGCAGUCCUUCCUGUGCAGAAAGUACAGUAGUUACUGUCGUAGGCUACAGCAGCAGCACUACAAAGAUGCUGACAGACAGACAGACGAGGUUGAAGAGGCUGGUGGUGGUAGCGGUGAUGUUAAUGAUCCUAAGCUGGCUAGAUGCUGUCUUCAAUCCUCUGGAACACGACCCAGCCACUCACACCGCCAAGAUAGCGUCUAGAAGACUGGACAAGUCACCACAAGGGCCACCGGAAAGGAAGAAGAGAGAUGGUCAGAAUAAUGUCAACAAAUACUCUGAGCUUUACCUGGAGGACCAAGACGAGGAGGAGGAUAAGUUGUUUUAUGCGAAAUCCUUCAAGGAAAAAUCCCGUUGGUACGUACAGACGCCGCUGUUCCAUUUCGACCUGUAUUCUUGCCUACCAAGGUUCGUGUGUGAGGUGCACGCUCAGGCCUCCCACUCUGACCUCUCCCAGCUCGAGAUGGAUAUUGUUAACCUCUUCAGGAACUACUUGCCAUUGGAGGGGCCAGACUCGCCCGUAUAUAAAUACCAGCUGGCUGCCCAUAUGGGCCAGCUGGCCACGGGACUGGAUCCCUCUCCCUGCUACUCUAUCUACCCUGCGUGCCCACUCUCCAGGGUACAGGUUAUAGAAGCCCUGAGGGGCGUCAAAACUUCGAAAAAGAUGUUUUCUUGAGGUCUUCAAACCCUGAGAUAAUGGAAAGAUGUGUAUAUAAAUGUACACUAAGAGGUGUGUCUCUCAGUGUAUAUACACUAAGAGGUAUAUGUCUUAGUAUAUACACCGAGAGUGUACUUUAAUAGUUGUUUAAAGUGUUGAAUUUCUUGAAUAUUGUAAAAUAGAUUACUUGUGUGUGUGUACACACACACACAAUAGUGCUGGAUGCACCAUUGUUAAGGAUUGUGUGGUCUAGUGGUCUAAGGCGUCAUGCGUUUUCUCACCAUAAGGCAGGCCAAAAUAGCAUGAGUUCGACUCCUUGCCUAGUGACCCAAAGAGAAAGAAAAUCCCCAAAGAGAAAAUACUUUCAUCAUCAUUCAACACUUUCACCUCACUCACACAUAAUCACUGUUUUUGCAGAGGUGCCCAGAACACAAUAGUUUAGAAGCAUAUGCGUAUAAAGAUACACAACAUAUUCCUCCAAACUGCCAGUAUCCCAACCCCCUCCUUUAAAGUGCAGGCAUUGUCCUUCCCAUUUCCAGAACUCAAGUUCGGCUAAGUUUAUAAUAACCGAUUUCCCUGAAUCCUUUCGCUAAAUAUUACCCUGCUCACACUCCAACAGCUCUUCAAGUCCCAAAAACCAUUCUUCUCCAUUUACUCCUAACACGCUCACACACGCUUGCUGAAAGUCCAAGUCCCUCGCCCACAAAACCUCCUUUACCCCCUCACUCCAACCUUUUCGAGGACGACCCCUACCCCUCCUUCCUUCUCCAGAUUUACACGCUCUCCAGGUCAUUCUACUUUGAUCCAUUAUCUCUAAAUGACCAAACCACCUCAACAACCCCUCUUUAGCCCUCUGGCUAAUACUUUUAUUAAGUCCACACCUCUUCCUAAUUUCCACAAUCCGAAUUCUCUGUAUAAUAUUUACACCACACAUUGCCCUUAGACAGCACAUCUCCACUGCCUUUAGCCGCCUCCUCGCUGCAGCAUUUACAACCCAAGUUUCACGACCAUAUAAGUGUUGGUACUACUAUACUUUUAUACAUUCCCUUCUUUGUCUACAUAGAUAAAAAUUUUUGCCUCCACAGAUACCUCAACGCACCACUCACAUUUUUUCCUUCAUCAGUUCUGUGGUUAACCCCGUCCUUCAUAAACCCAUCCGCUGACGAGUCAACUCCCAAAUGUCUGAAAACAUUCUUCCAUACUCUUUUUCUCCAAUGUGGUAUCCAAUUUUUCUUUAAACCAUUUGAUACCCUCAUCACCUUACUGUUAUCUAUGUUCACUUUCAACUUUCUACCUUUACACACACCCUCCCAAACUCGUCAACUAACCUUUGCAGCUUUUCUUUAGUAUCUCCCAUAAGCACAGUAUCAUCAGCAAAAAGUAACUGUCUCCACUCCCAUUUUGUACAGUCGCCAUAUUUGAAACUUAACUAGCUAACUGAACUCUGUACCUAUACAAAGAUUUGACUUUAAUCUACGUUUUAUGGAUUACAUUAUUCUUGAUAGGAGACGUUAGGCUUCAACGAGCCACGUCAGCUAUAUUGAUUAAAGAACUCGGUUAUUUACCGGUUAUGUGAUGCUUUUAAAGAGAUAAUACGAGACUCACAAAAUGUUAGUAACACUGUAGCAAAGUAACCACGGAACGGGUGGGAUUUGAACCCACUUGCCUGGAGUUCAACGACUCGUUUGCCAUGGGUUCAAACCCCAUCCGUUCCGUGGUUUGAGAGAUUACUAAAGUUUGCUGAAUCUAAAA